AUGGGCUCCUAUUCGGAUCUCGAUCAAUUAGCCAUCAACACCAUCCGCGUGCUGGCCAUCGAUGCGACGUCGAAAGCCAACUCCGGCCACCCUGGUGCGCCCAUGGGCCUGGCGCCCGCCGCCCAUGUUCUCUUCAACAAGAUGACCUUCAACCCUAAGAACCCCCAGUGGGUCAAUAGAGAUCGAUUCGUUCUUUCGAACGGCCAUGGCUGCAUGCUCCAAUAUGCUCUCUUGCAUCUGUUCGGCUAUGCCGUCUCGCUCGACGACUUGAAAAACUUCAGACAAAUUGAUAGCAUCACCCCUGGCCAUCCCGAAGCCCACGAUACGCCCGGAAUUGAAGUGACAACUGGCCCCCUGGGUCAAGGCAUCGCGAAUGCCGUUGGCCUCGCCAUUGCCCAGAAGCACACGGCCGCCGUGUUCAACAAGCCUGGCUAUGACCUCAUCGACAACUUCACCUACUGCAUCUUCGGCGAUGGAUGUGCUAUGGAAGGUGUUGCCAGUGAGGCCGCCAGUCAAGCUGGGCAUCUGCAAUUGGGAAACCUGAUCUGUUUAUACGAUGAUAACCAUAUCUCGAUCGAUGGUGAUAUUAAUAUUGCUUUCACUGAGGAUGUGUUGAAGAGAUUUGAAGCAUAUGGAUGGCACACUUUGCACGUCAAGGAUGGUAACCAUGAUCUUGCAGGGAUCGCGGCAGCUAUUGAGGAGGCCAAGAAAGUCACCGACAAACCCACUGUCAUCAAGGUUACAACCACCAUCGGCUUCGGUUCAAAACUCCAGGGAACAGGGGGUGUUCACGGAAACCCGCUGAAGGCCGACGACGCCCAGAAUGUCAAGAAGAUGUUUGGCUUCGAUCCUGAACAGACCUUCGCGGUCCCCCAGCAAGUUUAUGAUCUCUAUAACAAGCACGCUGCUGAAGGUGCUGCGAAAGAGCAAGAGUGGAAUGCCCUCUUCGAUAAAUAUAAGUCUGAGUAUCCUGCAGAGCAUGCUGACCUUUUGCGUCGCCUCACUGGCAAGCUUCCCGAAGGCUGGGAGAAGCACUUGCCUACGUACAAACCCACUGAUCCACCGAUCGCCUCGCGGAAACUUUCUGAAGCUGUCAUUGAAAAGAUCCAUAGCAUUAUUCCCGAGUUUGUUUCUGGUUCGGCCGAUUUGACAGGCUCCAAUAACACCAUCUGGAAGGGUGCUGUGGAUUUCCAGCCCCCUAGCCUUGGCAUUGGCGACUGGUCUGGCCGCUAUUUCCGCUAUGGUGUCCGCGAACACGGCAUGGCUGCUAUCAUGAAUGGCAUGGCUGCGUAUGGCACUCUAAUUCCAGCUUCUGGCACGUUUUUGAACUUCGUCUCAUACGCUGCGGGAGCUGUUCGCCUUUCCGCACUGUCUCAAGUGCGUGUUCUUUACGUCGCGACCCACGACUCCAUCGGUCUGGGAGAGGACGGACCGACCCACCAGCCUAUUGAGACCCUGGCACACUUCCGUGCCCUGCCCAAUAUUAUGGUCUGGCGCCCGGCUGACGGCAACGAGACAAGCGCUGCUUACUACUCCGCCUUGACUUCCAAGUCCACCCCCAGCAUUCUUGCCCUGACUCGCCAGAAUCUUCCCCACCUCGAAGGCUCCAGCGUGGAAAAGGCGCUCAAGGGUGGAUACAUGGCGCUUGAGGCCGAGAAUGCAGACAUCACCCUUGUCAGCACGGGCUCUGAAGUCAGUCUUUGCCUCGACGCGGCCACCUACUUGAAGCAGAAUCACAACAUCACCGCCCGCGUCGUGUCCAUUCCUUGCUUCGAGAUCUUUGACGCUCAGCCCAAGGAAUACCGCCUGCAGAUCCUGCCCGAUGGCAUCCCAUCGCUCAGCGUCGAGGUCAUGACCACGAUGGGCUGGGAGCGAUAUGCCCAUGAGCAAUUUGGCUUGAACCGCUUCGGCGCUUCUGGCCCAUACAAGGACGUAUAUAAGAAAUUCGAAUUCACCCCCGAAGGAAUCACCAAGCGUGCUCUCGCCACCAUCGACUUCUACAAGGGCCACAAGGUUCGCUCGCCAAUAAACCGUGCGUUCCAGCAGAUCAUCUAG